AUGCCCUCCUCAUCAGUCCGUAUUGUGGAAGUCGGUCCUCGCGACGGCCUCCAAAACAUCACCACGCAAAUUCCUACCCCCAUCAAACUUGAGUUAAUCCAUCAUCUCCACCAAACCGGUCUCAAGACGAUCGAGCUGACCUCCCUCGUCUCCCCGCGCCGGAUUCCCCAGCUCGCAGACUGCCGGGAUCUCCUUCAACACCCUUCCAUCCGGGCAUUAGCCCACGACAGCCCUGACCUCCGGCUCCCGGUGCUAGUCCCGAACCUUAAGGGUCUGAAGAUCGCCCAGUCCCUCGACGUGAAAGAAAUCGCGGUGUUCGUCAGCGCGACGGAGGGGUUCAGCCGGGCGAAUAUCAAUUGUUCGGUGGAGGUCGGCCUUGCAAGGGCGCGGGAGGUGGUCGGGCGGGCUGUGCAAGAUGGGUUGGCUGUGCGAGGGUACGUCUCCUGCAUCUUCUCUGAUCCCUACGACGGACCCACCCCGCCCGACGCGGUGCUCCGCUGCGUGCAAGCCCUCCUCCAAGAGGGAUGCUACGAGGUCAGCCUGGGCGACACCCUCGGAGUGGGAUCCCCUGCAAAGGUCCGCCGUCUCCUUCACUAUCUCACCGAAGCCGGUGGUAUCCCCGUCGGUGCCUUGGCCGGCCACUUCCACGACACCUACGGCCAGGCUGUGGUCAACAUAUGGGAGGCGUAUACCUGCGGCGUGCGCGUCUUCGAUAGCAGCGUCGCGGGGCUGGGCGGGUGUCCGUUCGCGCCCGGAGCCAAGGGCAAUGCCGCUACCGAGGAUGUGGUGUAUAUGUUCCAGGAAGCCGGGGUCGAGACGGGCGUUGAUCUGGCCCGGUUGGUCGAGACGGGGAUCUGGAUUGCGAAGCAGCUACCCGGCGGAGAAAACGGGAGUCGGGCUGGAGUUGCGCUGGCGGGUAAGACUGCUGCCAAGUCGCCUACAGACUCUCGGCCGCCCUUGACGGCUUUACGGUGGACUCUGGCUAUUGACGCUGAGGGAAUGCGGCUGUUUCGCUGCGGGGGUAAUCUAAAGAUCGUGCUGAACCGUCCGCGGAAUGGGAAUGCGUUGACCGCUAAGAUGAUUGCGGAGCUGCACUCACUUAUAGAUACCGCGAGUUCGGAUCCAGCGGUGUCGAGGCUUGUUAUCACCGGCACGGGGCGGUUCUUCUGUACGGGGAUGGAUUUGGGGAAGAGUAGCCCGGUUGCACAAGGAAAGGAGAGCAGCGAGGCGCAGUUCGCCAGGCUGACAGAGCUGUUCGAGGUCAUUGAUCGGUGCCCAAAGGUGACGAUCGCGUGUCUGAAUGGGCCAGCGUUUGGCGGGGGUGUUGGACUGGCGUUCGCGUGUGAUCUUCGUCUCUGCACCAAGGCCGCUACGGUCACGCUGAGCGAGGGCAAACUGGGUCUUUGUCCUGCGACGAUCUCCAAGUAUGUCAUCCGAGAGUGGGGGACAGCCUUCGCGCGUGAGGCCAUGCUCUCGGCUCGUCCGGUCAAGCCCGACCAGCUGCAUUCGCUGGGCCUCGUCGCCGAGGUCGCAGAGAAUCCCGGGGAUCUAGACAAGGAGCUGGACGCCUUGCUGGUGCGCCUGCGCCACGUCUCGCCCCAUGCGUCGCGCAUGUCGAAGGAGUUGGUCAGGCUCGCCUGGAAGCACGCCGGCAAGGACGAACAGGCGUCGGGGAUCAAGGCACUCUUCCAUGAGAUGAUGCAACCCGAUGGCGAUGGUGCCCAUGGAGUGCGUGAGUUCCAGUCCGGUCGGCCGGUGGAUUGGGAUGCGUAUACCCAAAAGACGAAAACGACUCCUGAGGCCAAAUUGUGA